GCAGAAAAAAUAUUAAAAAAAAAAUUAAAAAUAGAUUUUAUAUUCAUGGAGGAAUGUAAUUCUUCAAAAAAUUAUGACAAAAAGCUUUCAGAAAUUUCAUUAAAUAUAGCAUUUGAUACAGAAAGUAAGGAAAAUAGUAAAUCUUGUGAAGAAAAAACAUUUACUGCAGAAAACUCUUUAAUGAAUAAUAUGAAUUUUUUCCAAAAACCUCAGGAAAAAAGUAUACCAUGGUUAUGUUCUUUAUGCUGUGAAACAUUUCCAUCUGAUGAACUAAUGUAUAAGACUACAGAAAGACAAGAAGCUUAUUAUUGCAAAAACUGUCAUUUUCAUCUUUCGUCAAAAAAUAAAGAUAUAUAUCCUAAUGAAAUAAAUAAUAAUAAUACUGCCUCUCAACAUCAAGACAAAAAUCCUCAAGAGUCUCUUAGUGAAAAUAAUCCUUCUAGUAUAGAAAAUCUGGAUGAAGUUUCAUUAAAAGAUUCUAUUAAAAACAAUUGUCCAAUUAUCAAUAAUCUAACACCAAAAGUUAAUAUUUCACAAGCGUGUACUCCUGUUUCACAAGGCUCUAUGAAAAAUUCAGAGAUGUGGGAAUUACUUAGAAAAAAAAAAAGGAACUCUUUAGGUGUUCGUAAACAUUUGGAAAAUUUUGUAGAAUCAAAACGUUUGCAUAAUUCAUUUAACACAAACACAAUCGAUAUUUCACCCGAAUUAUCUAGUUUUCGAGAUAAAGUAGAAAAAGAGACAUUAGAAUCCAAAAUAUCAUCUAUAACGCUAUCAGAAGAAAAAACAAAUAUUUCUCAGGAAAAUAUCCCUCCUAUUUUACCAUCAACUAGAAAUUAUAAACAUAAAUUAUUUUUACCAAAUCAUGUUAAAUCGAAGAAUAACGCUCUAUCAACUAUUGAUUACAAUUCGUUUUCGGAAAAAGACACAUUUUCUAGAUGUUUAAAAGACUCGUCAAAUGAUGACAAACAACAGCAGUUUUUAUCAAACUCUAUAUCACCUAAAAAAGUAUUAACAUCUAAUACAAUACCAAAUUUAGAGCCAUUAAAAAACAAUUCAGCAGGAAUAUUUUCUGUAAAAAAAAAGCCUCUCCCAAAAUUUGGGGGAUUUGAUAGAUGUGCAAGCUGUAACGAAUCUAUAACUUUUCUUGAAUCAUAUCCUGGGCCCAAUUCUACUAGAUGGCAUAAAAAAUGUUUAAAAUGCAGUGGAGGAUGUGGUAAAAACAUGGACUCUGGAUCAUUGAAUGAAAUUGAUAAAGACGGAAAAAUGAAGGUUUAUUGUAGAUUUUGUUGGGAUACUAUUAAGAAAGGAAAAAAACCAGUUACCAUAUCUUUAGUAAUGAGUAAUACUUUGCAAGAUUUUAGUACUUUAGAAGAAAAUAGAACUUAAAAAGAAAAAAUUCCGCUUUAUUUCUACAUAUUUGUAAUAAAAAU